AUGGCCACGACAAUUCCUGGUUCUCUGGUCAACAAGACCAAAAAGUUCUUCAUGGGAAUGCCGGCGCCGACCGGAUACGUGCCCGGAGUCGGUAGAGGUUCGUUUUCUUUUUCUAUCAGAUUUUCGUGCGCAAAGUUCCUGAAAAUUCCUCAUUUUUUCCAGGAGCGACCGGAUUCACGACCCGAUCGGACAUCGGACCGGCACGCGAUCCGACGGAACUGCCGGAAGCGGGACCGGUUGGACCGGCGCCACAAGGAACCGGAGCGCCGCCGCCGAAAAGAGCACGCGAGGACGAGGCGGACCCGGAGGAUCUGAACGAGGCCAACUACGACGAGUUCAGCGGCUACAGCGGGUCCCUGUUCGCCAAGGAUCCGUACGAUCAGGAGGACGAGGACGCCGACCGCAUCUACAAUGAAGUCGACGAUCGGCUCGACGAGCGGCACAAGGAUCGCAGGUGAUUUUCGGGAGUUUUAGAGUACCUCAAAAGAGGCACAAAAGCAUCAAAAAUCGCCGAUUUCGAGCCCAAGACGUGUGUGUUUACUCAACAAUAUGUUUGCAACCGAAAAGUGCCCCCCCCCUUUUUCUCCCCGUUUUACCCCAUUCAAACACUCGUUUUUUCAGAGAGAAAAAGUACAAGGAGGCCGUGGAGAAGUUCCACAAAGAACGACCGAAAAUUCAAGCUGGAUUCUCGGAUUUGAAGCGACAAUUGGCCGAAGUGAGUUUUUUGUGAGCAAAGUUGAAAUAUUCAUGUAAAGCGGCGGAAAUUUGCACAAAACGAUUUCUAAAUUGUGUGAAAAUCUAGUUUUUCUAUUAUUGCAGGUGACCGAGGACGAAUGGCAGGCGAUUCCGGAAGUGGGCGACAUGCGAAACAAGGCGAAGCGGAACGCGCGGGCGGAGAAAUUCACGCCGGUGCCGGAUUCGGUCAUCGCGAUGAAUCUGGGCUACGGGGCGAUGAGCCACUCGAUCGACGUGAGCAGCGGCAUGGCGACGCCCUUCAGCUCCGGCUUCAUGUCGACGCUGGGCGGUGCGGGAGGAAAAAGUGGUCUGCUGACGCCCGGCUGGAAGACGGGCAUCCAAACGGGCACCGCCACCUCGAACCUGGAUCUCGUCAAAAUCGGUCAGGCGCGAAACAAGAUUAUGGAUUUGCAACUGACGCAGGUCUCCGAUUCGGUGAGCGGCCAGACAGUCGUCGAUCCGAAGGGCUACCUGACCGACAUGAACUCGAUGUUGCCGCAGUACGGCGGAGAUCUCCAGGACGUCAAAAAGGCCAGAAUGCUGCUGAAAUCGGUGCGCGAGACGAAUCCCUAUCAUCCGCCGUCGUGGAAAGCGUCGGCGGCGCUCGAGGAGACGGUCGGCAAGAUCCAGACGGCCCGCAACCUGAUCAUGGAGGGAUGCGAGAAGAAUCCCGGAUCCGAGGACCUGUGGCUCUGCGCGAUCCGCCUCCACUCGGCCGAAUUGGGUAAAUCCAUAGUAGCGCAGGCGGUCGGAAAGUGCCCGAACAGCGUGAACCUGUGGUGCACAGCGGCGGAUUUGGAGCAAGACACGCGGGACAAGAAGAGGGUUCUGCGGAAGGCGCUCGAGCAGAUUCCGUCGUCGGUGAAGUUGUGGAAGGCGGCGGUCGAGCUGGAGGAACGAGAAGACGCACGGAUCCUCCUGACCAGAGCCGUCGAGUGUUGCAGCUCGUCCACUGAAAUGUGGCUCGCACUUGCUCGCCUAGAAACCUACGAAAACGCGCGGAAAGUACUCAACAAGGCACGCGAGCACAUUCCCACCGAUCGUCACAUUUGGCUUUCGGCCGCCCGUCUCGAGGAGACACGUGGCCAACGCGAUAUGGUCGAUAAAAUUGUCGCGAAAGCGCUGAGCUCCUUACGCGCCAACCAAGUAGAAAUCAAUCGGGACCAGUGGCUGAAGGAUGCGAUCGACGCGGAGCAGGCGAAGUGCCCACUGACGUGCCAAUCGAUAAUCCGAAAUGUGAUCGGACUGGGCGUCGAGGACGAAGACAAGAAGACGACGUGGCUGGCGGAUGCGGAGGCGUUCGAGAAGGAGCAGGCGUUUAUCUGCGCGCGUGCCGUCUUCGCCGUCGCCCUUCAGGAGAUGCCGCGGAAGCGCGACGUCUGGGACGCGGCGAUUCAUUUCGAGCGCGAGCACGGAACUCUCGACGAGCACGAGCGCAUUCUCAAGAAGGCGUGCGAGCAGGUGCCCGAAGUGGAAAACUAUUGGUUGAUGCUCGCGAAGCUGCGAUUUGUGAACGCGCGCAUUGACGAAGCGCGCGAUACACUGAUGGCGGCGUUCGAGAAGCACGGCCAUCAGUCGGAGAAGAUUUGGUUGGCGGCGACGAAGAUCGAGAUCGAGACGGAUCAGUUUGACCGCGCGCGAGCACUUUUCGCAAAAGCACGGGCUCGAGCCCCGAGCUCCCGUGUGUGGGUCAAGAAUGCCACGUUCGAACGGUGUCUGGGGAAGUUGGAGGAGGCGAAACGGCUGUGCGAGGAGUGCAUUCGGACGUACGACGGAUUCUACAAAGCGUUCUUGCUCCUCGGACAAGUACUCGAGCAGAUGGGCGAUGUGGAGGCGGCACGGAUGGCCUACACGCAGGGAGUACGCGUUUUUUGUCGCUUUUUCACCCAGAAUUUCUCAUUUCAGAUCCGCAAAUGUCCGAGCAUCGUUCCACUGUGGAUCCACUUGGUGCAUCUCGAAGAAUCGGUCGGCCAAGUGGUCAAAGCGCGCGGAGAUCUCGAGAAGGCGCGCCUACGCAACCCGAAAAACGAGGAUCUGUGGCUGGAGUCGGUCCGAUUUGAAAAACGACACAAUCAUCCGGAGAUGGCGAGGGAACGCAUGAACAGAGCACUUCAGGAGUGCCCCAACAGUGGUACGUUUCGGGUUUUUUUGCAAAAAACUUCAGCUGAAAAGAAAAAUAAAAUUUUGGAUCGAUUUUCGAGUUUGGUGCUAAAAAUGCUUUGAAUUUCACACAUUUCUUUGUCAUUUUUGCUGUUCGAACGCUCAAAUGCGCGUAUUCAAAAUUUUCGGAACAAAACGCCCAUUUCACACAUUUUUUGGUGUCUGAGAGUCCGAGAACACCCCCGGAUUUGUACAUUUCCGACACUUUGGCACUUUUGGCGCCGCUCACAAAUGCACACAUAAUAACGGGCAAUUUGUUGCAGGAAAGCUGUGGGCGGACGCAAUUUGGAUGGAAGGACCGCACGGACGACGCGCCAAAUCGAUCGAUGCGCUGACAAAGUGCGAGCACGACGCGCACGUCAUCAUCGCCGCCGCACUCCUCUUCUGGAGCGACAGAAAGGUUUGAACACUUUUAUCGAUAAUUUACACUCAAAAAUGGGGUUUUCUAGUGAAAGACUGGGUCACAAGCAUUAUAGAUGUGGAUUGAAGUAUUUUGGGUCCAAGUUUCAGACGGAUCCGAUCAUAUAGUCCAUGUGGAUCAGAAAGAAAAAGCCACAAUUUUUUGUAAAAAAAAAACCGGCCUUUUCCUUUGAUUCAUAUAUCAGGACCGGAUAAUCGGAUCGGUCUGAAACUUGAACCCAAAAUACUGCAAUCCAUGUCCAAGAAGGCUGCAAAGAUUGGGCCCGAUCGGAUUAGUGCAACGCCUCUCCAGGCUUUUGACUGGACCUGGCUGGAAUCUUUGCAAGUCCGAUGAAAACAUUCAUGUUUCAAAGUAAACUGUAAAACAGUGAAAACUACAUCCAAUUUUGUCCAUUUCCAGAUCAAGAAGGCGCGCGAUUGGUUCCAGCGGGGCGUGAACGUCGACGCGGACAACGGCGACUACCUUGCGCAUUUCUUGGCGUUCGAGCAGAUUUACGGAAAAGAAGAGCAGCGACGGGCGGUCAUUGAGAGGGCGAUUGCGGCGGAACCGCGCUACGGGGACCUCUGGCAGCCGAUCGCCAAGGAUCCGGCCAACUGGCGCAAGACGAAGGAGGAGAUUCUGAUGAUGACCGCCGCCCGCAUCACCGUUCCCACAUGA